AUGACUCUGAAGUUAAUUAUUCUUUUUUUAAUCGUUGGCUAUACAGUUGGCUACAGAAUUGCUAGUGAAGUAUGUCCACUUCCAUCAAGUCUCAAGCCAAAUUAUGAUUUCAAUUGGAAAUCAAAAUCAAAUGAAUGGUCGAAUACACAGGCGGAAACAAGUUAUAUUAUGCUUGCAUUAUCAUGGAGUCCAACAUUUUGUGCAUCACUUUCUCAAUCAGCACGUGAGAACAAAUUUCAAUGUCAUCCAAGUAAUUCAUUCGGUUUGAUUGUUCAUGGAUUAUGGCCUCAAGCAUUGAAAGCUCCCAAUGUUCGAGCUCAUCCACGAAAUUGUCGUGAUGAACCUCAAUUAAAUGCAACAUUUGUUAAAAGAUAUUUCUGUAUUAUGCCUGAUGAAGAUCUUGUUCAAGGAGAAUGGGAAAAACACGGUACUUGCUACUAUUCAGCGGCGGUUGAUUAUUACACAGUGACGGAAAACCUGUUCAAAAGUCUUAAUUUACCAGAAUAUAACUUUUUAAAUACAGCAUCAGGGGCAGCAAUCAAAAAUACAUUUGUUACACUCAACGCACCGAAAUUAUUUGCAUCAGCAGUUCGAGUCGACACGGAUUCAAAGGGUCGUUUGAAAGAAAUCAAAAUAUGCUACAAUUUACAAUAUCAAUUUACUGUUUGUACUUAA